AUCAAGAUGUCUCUGUCCACAAGAAGGUGUCAGUGAAGUUCACGUUCUUAUUACGGGGAGCUAGUGUACGUGAUUAAACAUGCCUAAAUAUUAUGAGGAGAAGGAGGAGGAGAAGCAUCCUUGUGGUGGGGUGAAGGAGGAUUUGAAGAACUGUCUGUUACAGAGUGACUGUGUGCUGCAGGAAGGAAAGAGCCCGAAGGAGUGUUUAAAAGAAGGAUACUGCAAAGCUCUCCAAGUAACCUUUUUUGAGUGCAAAAGAUCAAUUCUUGACAACAGAGCAAGAUUCAGAGGAAGAAAGGGAUACUGAUGAAUGGAAACUGUCUUUACUGAGUAUCACUCGGUUUCAUCAAAAUAUGCCUUUGACAUACAGGAAUUUUCUUCAUUGUCAGCACUUGGUGAACCAAAACAUCAUCAUCUCAGUCCCAGAUUUAAUAGCAUAUCUAACCUGUGAAUUACUAUCUUGAAUAAAGCCAAACACAUAUCUUAAAGCCUAAACUUGUAGCAGUUGCUGGUAAAAAGGGGAAAAUCACUGUUUGGGAAAUUACUAUUUUUAUAUAUUGUUUUAUAAACAUUCCUUGGGCAGUAAUUGCAUUAAAAUACUUAUUCGAUUUGUAAUAUGCUUUAGAUUAAUAUAUAUAUCCAUGUUUGUAUGUUAAGACAAGCCUGCCAGAAAAUUAAAAUGUGAUGUAUCUCCUUGA